CUGACAAUAAAGGGUACUAAAGGGCAAAAAAGAGUCCCAAAAUUUUCCAUCAUAAGAAAGUCCUAUUAAUUUGUUUGAAUUAACAAAAAUAAAAAAGUUGGGUGGUUUCUUGCUUUUUUUAAUUUGAUCCACUUAUCAGGCGAUAUCUAAACUCGAAAGUUCUUCCGUGAAUCUUUGGUUCUCUCUUGUAUUUUCUUCUCUUCAACUGUCACUUCUUUCUCGACGUAUUUUCCUGAUUAGGUUUGCAGGAAGAAAUUGAAAAUUUGGUGUUUGAUAUUCUAAGUACUUGGAAAGAAAGAUGUUUCGUUAUUUAGCUGAAAUUGCUAAAAAUGAUAUGAAGUCUAGCGGUGAAGAUUUGCUGAGUGCUAUAGUGCCUUUGAUGAAACUUCUGUCUCUUACAGUUAUAGGAUUGGUUCUUGCACAUCCCAAAACGCAAAUCAUUCCGAGAGCUACAUUUAAGCUCCUAAGCAAGCUUGUUUUUGUCCUAUUCUUGCCCUGCCUAAUUUUUACCCGACUGGGUGAAAGCAUUACGCUUGAUAGCAUUGCUCAGUGGUGGUUCAUUCCGGUCAAUGUAUUAAUCAGCACUUUUAUUGGUUGCUUGCUUGGGUGCUUGGUGGUUAUUAUAUGUCGCCCGCCACCUCAGUUCAAGAGAUUUACCAUUAUCAUGACUGCCUUUGGCAAUACUGGGAACCUUCUUAUUGCUAUUGUUGGAUCUGUAUGUCACACUUCUAAUUCCCCUUUUGGACCCCAUUGCCACUCCAGAGGUGUGUCCUAUGUCUCUUUUGCACAGUGGGUUGCUGUAAUUCUUGUCUACACCCUUGUUUAUCACAUGAUGGAGCCACCGCUGGAGUUCUAUGAGGUCGUUGAAGAAGGGACUGAAAUUGAGGAACAGAGGCCGCUUAAUGAUAUGAGCAGGCCUCUUCUUGUAGAAGCUGAAUGGCCAGGCAUUGAAGAAAAAGAGACCGAACAUUCUAAGACACCAUUCAUUGCCAGGGUUUUUAACAGGCUCUCAAGUCGUUCACUAACCACUUUUCCCGACCUUGAUACCAAUGUAGAGUCUAGUGAUAGCAGUCCCAUGUCCAUUCGGUGCUUGGCUGAACCCAGAGUAGUGAGGAAGAUCAGAAUUGUUGCCGAGCAAACUCCAAUACAGCACAUACUUCAGCCCCCUACAAUUGCAUCCCUGUUAGCUAUCAUUGUUGGUAUGGUGCCUCAAUUAAAAAGCCUUGUCUUUGGAAAUGAUGCUCCCCUAUCUUUCCUCACGGACAGCUUGGAGAUUUUAGCUGGUGCAAUGGUGCCUUCCGUGAUGCUCAUUCUUGGGGGUAUGCUAGCCGAGGGUCCAAAUGAGUCCAAGCUUGGACUCCGAACCACUGUUGGCAUAAUGGUGGCAAGGCUCUUGGUGCUACCUUUGCUGGGAAUAGGGGUUGUGACACUUGCUAGUAAAAUGAACUUUCUUGUCCCUGGUGAUGCAAUGUACGGAUUUGUGCUCUUGUUGCAAUACACUACACCAAGUGCCAUUUUGUUGGGAGCUAUUGCUAGCUUGAGGAAUUAUGCGGUUAGUGAGGCUUCAGCACUUCUCUUCUGGCAGCAUGUGUUUGCCCUAUUUUCUUUGUCUCUGUAUAUUGUUGUUUACUUUAAAUUGCUGCCAAAUAUGUAGCUUGAGAGGUUUGCCUAAUGCCUUUGGCAGAUUAAGAUCUUGCUGUGUAAUUGUUUAGCAAGCAAGUGCCAUCACAAUGCUGCUGUCGCCAUCCCAUUGAAUAAGAUGGACUCGUUUGUUUGUUCGAUGUGCUUUACUGGAUACUGGCGAUGCGAUGAAUGCAAUUGAUUUUCCUUGUAUUCUUCGUAAGACCAGAGCAAACUAUUUGUUGCUUUCUCUCAA